UAAACGGCUCGUUCUGGUGUAAGUCACUAGUUUGACUCUGUUGCUGGUUGCUUCAGCAAUCAGUAAUAAGUUGCUUAUAAAAUUUCUUAUAAAUAAAGUUGAAAUAAAAAAUUCCAAACUAAAAAUGGCAUCGAAGAGUCAACGCUGGGUGGUCGACUCCGGGAUUCUGAGGAAAAAAAGCGGCGAAGAGGAACCACAGGAGCUUCUGGUCUUCGGUUACGGCUGCAAGUUGUUUCGAGAUGACGAAAAGGCGAAAUUGAUUGAUCAGGGCAAACAUUUGAUACCGUGGAUGGGCGAUAGCACACUGAAGAUAGACAGAUAUGAUGGUCGAGGAGCUUUGGGAGAUCUAAGGAUAUAUGAACCACCGUCCGGUGGUUUUGAUCAGCGCACCAUCCUUACCGAAGAUGAGUACAAAAUUGAACAAGCCUGUGAUGAGGAACGAUACCGGUUUCUCUAUAACAGUAAUGCCGAUGAGUCCACGAACCAUGAGGAAGAAAUUAAGAGGCUUCAUCAAGCGCUUGAUUUAGAAAGUUCGUACAGUCAAGUUGGAUUCAAUUACGACGACGAAAAGAAAUCUCUCGACGAUUCACAAAGUCCAAAGCAAUCGGACGGAUCGCACGAAGAAGAUGAAGCAUUUAUUGCGGAGCCAGAAUUAGAAAUUCCAGAAGACAUGGUUGUACCUGAAACGCAAAAGCUCCAUGCAAUCAUAACGAAAACAGCCCUAUUUAUAAGCCGACAAGGUGGCCAGAUGGAAGUACUGAUAAAAGCAAAACAGGGAAAUAAUCAGCAAUUUUCAUUUUUGUCAAUCGAUGGAGAACUACAUCCCUAUUAUAAACACGUCCUUGAAGCUAUAAAAUCUGGGAAAUAUAAUCCAGAAAAGCAACCUGAAAAGGAAGAAUUUGAGACUAGCGAACAAUCGGAGGAGGAUAACGAACCCUAUCUCCAUCCAAGUCUCGCAUCAUCUCUCAAAGUUGAAGCAGCACCUAGUAUUCCAAGUAUAAACUAUAAGCCAUCGGCGGACUGUGCUUAUUCCAUGUUAGUAAAUAAAAUUACUGGGAAACCACCGUCAAAAAUUCAACAACCAGAAGUGAUACCACCACCGCCGAUCCCUCCAAUUAACUAUUAUCAUCCGAUGCAACAGGGUUUUCCAGGCUUUUCUGCUCCUCCGCAACAGUAUGCUCAUGGCCCAGUCCUUUAUAGUGCAAAUGGCAAUGCAGUACCGAAUCCUAUAUCCCAAGUCGGAUCGGCAAUGCACAUUGGAACAAGCGGCAUUGUUCCGACAGCUAAAAAAGAACUUGCUCCCCUCGUCCCUUAUGGGCCAACGCCACCCAAGCCUCUGAGCAGGCCGUCUUUCAUUGUCCCACCGGCUGACGUGCAAAUCAUAAUUGACAAGAUGGCAAGCUACGUGGCCAAAAAUGGCCGGGACUUUGAGACGAUCGUGAAAAAUAAGGGUGAUCCAAGGUUUAGCUUUCUCGAACUGUCUCACCAGUAUCACGGUUAUUACGCUCAUAAGUUGACGAUAUACGAAGGGGCGGUUAAUCCUCGAGUGCUCACCGAAGAGGAACUUCUGCAGAAGCAGGAGCUACAGCAAGAGAAACAGAAGAAAUUGGAAGAAUUACAGAAAAAGCAGCAGCGAAUGGAAGAGGUACAGAAAAGGGUAAAAAUGAUACAGGCGAAGAAGAAAUGCGAGAUCAGUGCAAAGCAAAAUAUGAGUAAGCAAAUUACGACGGUGUCGUUUUCUAUUAAAAAGCCCAAGGAGGGUGAAAGCAGUGUGAUAGAAAAACGAAAUGCACUGCCGUUAGAAGAGAGCGAUGAUGAGGGCGACGAGGAUAAGAAGGAAGCGACUUCUAAGCCAAAUUCGCCAGUAUCCACGGGAGAAGACAUUUGUGCAGUAAAGGCUGAUAAGGAACCGAUCAAUCAAGACAAAAGCCUAACUGAUAGAAGGAUUUCGAAGCAGUCGCACGCGCAGGACCAGGAAAGCACUUUUGUCGAUCUGACGGAUGAUAUUUUUGAGGAUUGCCAAAAGGAAAUCUGCGACAAGCAAGCCGAAGAUAGAAUAAGAGAUAAAAUGGUUCUAAUAGCUCGAGAAAAAUUAGCUGCUUCGAAAGAAAAGCAAUUGCAGAUGGAAAGACGUAAAAAAGCGGCUAUGUUUUUGAGUCAGAUUCAGGCUCCCGUGGUCAAGCAUGAAACGUCCACAACGCUAAAGGAAGAAUUAACGUCCUCGUUCCCCUCGCCCACGCGAGAUCUGGAAAUCGAAGAAUUAAAAAUCAAUACAAAUUCAUUGAUGAACAGAUUAAAAGGAGCAGAUCUUACUAAGAAGCUAAAUAAGCGAUCUAGAAGUCGAAGUGGCAGCACCAGUCUUUCAGACAAACACAGAAGUCAUAAGAAACAUAAAAAAAAGAAAAGUACUCACAAAAGUUAUCGUGAUAGUCUUGGAAACUCUAGAUUUCACAAAACGAAAAAAAGUAAGAAAUCUUCAUCCAAACAUUCAUCUCGCUCGCGAAGUCCUCAUCAUAAACAUCAGACAUCAUCGUCUCGUCAUCGACGAGAAAGCAGCUCUAGUGAUUCUGAUUCAAGCACAGCUUGAAAAAGACUAUUUUUACAAUCCUUUGCUAAAUCUUGUGAAUUUGUAUAUAAAUAAACAUAAUGUACAUUAUUCACGGAUUGUUUAAUCCGUCGGCCAUUUCAAAUAAAGAAAAUUAAAAUA